AUGGGGAAUAUAUUGACCUGUUGUGUGUGCCCCAAAGUCAGUUCCAACUGUGGCUGGCACAGCAGGAAGGUAGCAUCCAGUUAUGAAUCUGAUUUUUAUGAGGCUGUGGCUGCUGCAACAUCAGAAUCCACUACUGUAGAGCCUGGCAAGCUGGAUGUGGGAGCCACGGGGGGCCACGACCUGCAGCACAUCAGCAGCCAAAAGAUGCCCACAGGUUCCCCUGAGGACAGCCUGAGUUUAAAAUCUCUACCACCAAGUGAGGAAGACAAUGAUGAUGCCCAGAUUUUACCAUCACGUGUCCAGGCUUCUCCUGAGGACAACCUGAGUUUUGUGAGCCUAUCACAAAAUGAAGAUGAUGAUGAUGAUGAUGAUGAUGAUGAUGAUGAUGAUGAUGCCCAGAUUUUACCAUCACGUGUCUGGGAUGGCUGUUACAAGUUUGAUAGCAGUUCUUCUCCUGAGGACAACCUGAGUUUAGUAGCCCUUCCACGAAGUGAAGAUAGUGAUUGUGAUGAUGAUGAGGAGGAGGAGGAUGAUGAUGCCCAGCAUCUCCUCAGGGAGAGUGACACAGAGCUGCUGAAGCCCCUGAUUACAGGAGCCAGUUCUUCUGGGUACAACCUGAGUUUAGUGAGACCACCACCAAGUGAAGAUUAUGAUUGUGAUGAUGAUGAGGAUGAUGAUGAUGUCCAGAUUUUACCAUCACGUGUCCAGGCUUGGCCUGAGGACCGCCUGUUUUUAAGAUGCUCACCACGAUACAAAGAUGAAGAAAAUGAUGAUGAUGACCUGGUGCUUCUGGGCCUGGCAUUUUGCCUUUGGCAAGAGAGCGAGAAGAGACGUGACUGUGCUCCAGGAACGGAAAGUGCCAUUCCGACUCGAAAUAAAGAGACUGAGCGCAUUGAUUCAGGUGCGGAGGUGGCUGAUCAGAUCUGA